GUGUUUAUCCCCUCGACAAUCAGACAAGUUACAGAGACAAUGGCAUUUCCUCCCGCCUCUGCUGGUCCCAAUGCAGUUAGAGCCUAUAUCUCUGAUAUUCUCGUCUCUAAGCAUGAUGCAACAGUAGACUUUGCCAAAGAAGUAGCUAGUCGCUGGCAAUUAGGUCGACCAAACGACCUGCGCCAUGCAUCUACCUGGACAUUCGAACACGUUUUCGGCAAAGAGAUUGGGCAUUUUCUAUACCGAACAGUUCAGGAGGAUAUCAGGGAACAAUGGUAUAGCUCUACCGCUGGGGUAUUGAAUUCCUGGCUGUUAGUAUUCUCCAUAGUAUCUUCCGCGUUCUUUCUCGUUCGGGCAACACGAGCAAAUUCAUCUUCCACGAGUGCUGCCUCGUUGCGCUACGCCGGCUCAGCCUUUGGGCCGCCGAUGGUCUUCUGUGGAAUUCAGGACCAGUACAGUCAGUGGCAAUUUCCUCGACUUUUCCUUGGUGGCAUUGUAACCUUCUUGACUGUUCUCGCGUUUCUGGUGGCUUCCACGGACCGGAGUGUGGAGAAGCAGAAAAUAGAGACAGAAGACAGAAAGAAGGGCGAAACGAAACAGAAAUAGUAGUGCAGUUGUGGCGUGUUUAUCUAGCGAGGCUAUAUACGGGCGACAGCUCAGCAUGCUCUGACAAAUGCUGGUUGUAUAUCAGGAAAUCAUUAGAUUCCCUGGGUGUAGGGAGAAGCUACCCUCCGGACCUUGGCAGAUCACAGACCUUAUCAUGCGAGAUAAUUCCGGAGACAUACUGUCCCAUCUAUUGAGACAUGGAAAAUCUCUGGGUUAGCUUCCUGUGGAACAUUAUGUCAUGGAUCACUAUCGAGGGUCACUGUAGGAUAGAGUGAAUUAGUAAUGUGGAACUGGCCGAUAUGUAUAUAACUGGCUAGUGAAGAAACAAGAAGUAAUUCACCUCUGUUUGA